AUGCGGCCGUCGGAGGCAGGAAAUGGCAAGAAGCUUCAGCUGGGUCGGCAUGGUGCCAGCAUGAAGGUGCCAGAUGGGUUGGCAGCCCAGCUUCUUGAUUCAGAAAGGAGCAUCAUGCUGCCUGCCCAGAGCAGCAGGUGUUGUUCGGUGAUGUGGUCGAAGUCAUGCGAGAAGACUCUAGAAAGGCGAGAGAAGGAAAUCUUGGUCAUGCAUGCACGUCAGGUUCACGGGCACAACGUGGUCUUGAGCAGCUGGUCGGCAGCGUGUUUGAGCGUCGGCCCAGCCAAGUGCGAAUCCAUCCGCGAGAUGUUCGUGUGCCACGGAACGUGGAAUUGCAGUUUGCGCUCGCACCGACCGCGCAAGGAUGUCCAAGAUGUCAAGGUCAGCCAGGGUCUGGCAUUUAGACAGGCCUGCUGCCUGCUCGCGGUGCUGAAGGGAAAAUCAGGGAAAGCUGAAGCGAUGACAGCACACUGA